GACCGGAGCCUCAGUCCGUGCUCGUGCAGUUUACCAGGCAUCUGCGUGUGUGCAUGUGUGUGAGAGUGCGUGUGUGAAUGCGAACAACUUAUUAUUAUGUAUUUUUAUAUUCUUUUAAAACACAUUUCAUUUGUUGUGUAGUGUAAUCAAGCCGGGCCGGGGGUGAGUUAGUGCGCAACGGAAAGAGAAAGACUUUUUUUUUUUCCUCAAUUACGCAGCUACCAAAAUAAGUUCCCUACGUUUAUGUCUUAAGUGCGCAGAAUUCUGAUACAGUAUAACAUUGUGUCGAGGCUCAUAGAUGCUCACGGGGUCAUCUUCGGAGGCUGUCAGCGUUUACCAGUGCCUUUUAAAUGCCGUUCAUGUCUGUGGUGUUGUAGACUACAGCUUGUAACAGCAGCAGUAACGCGUAAUAACAGCCAUACACACUGAAACAAUGUUAAAGACUCUGACCAAGAAGCUAAGAAGACACUCACUCAAUGAAAUACACCCUUUUCAACUAAAGAUUUCUUACCAUGGCAGUGGCGAGGGCGGAGAAAGUGACGACUCUGAGGGUGAGAACCAGGAACUUGCACAAAUUGACAGAGAGAGGCGGAGAAACUGCGCCCUCACUCCAUUGGCCACCAGUCAGCAGCACAACCAGGGUCCUCUGUCUCCAGCUCGGCUACGGCGCCUUCGCCUCCUUCUAGAUGCCAAUCUGGACCGGCAUUCCUCAGAAGAAGAGCUGGAGAGGAUCAGCUGUGGCGACAACAGGAAGUGGGUGUCGGCUUUUCACGGACGUCAUGGCGAUCACCAUAGCAGCGCAUCUAGUGAUGAGGAAGUGCGGGACCUGUGUGGAUGUGGGUCUCCAGCUGGUAACAGAGCCCUGGAGCCCGGUGCCUGCCUGGCCACAUCGCCCAGCCCCGUUCUGUUCAGCUCCAGCCCCCCGCGGACUCUCAAACCCCCCUCCAUGAGGUUCCAACUGCAGGUGGUACAGCCCGUCACACGCCCCAUCAUCCUCACACACUUCGACCAGGCCGCACCAUACAGGAAGUACCGACACAGUUAUGGAGGGGAGCUGGGGAGGCCCAGUCUAGACCUGGAGAAGAUGCAACAGAAAAUGCUCCUUAAGAAGAAUUGUGGAGGAAAAACACGGACAAUAAAGAUUCGGUGGGGUUUGGGAGGAUUGGAGAGAGUGGUGGAACAAGCCCGGGCAUUUUGGCACAGAGCGGAGCACUCCAGACGGACGCGCAGUGUGAACCUGACCAGCAGCAGCCGUCCACCUCCCAGAUAUACCUAUGACCCAUCCAUCUUUGCAUUUCGAUCCCUCAGCACAGUGCCCCCCUGCAGCCCCCUCAACUCCAGUGAGGACCCUCCCUGCUCAUAAGGAAAUCCACUCAGCCCUCCACAGUGACCCAGCUCCCAGCGCCCUGUUCUGCAUUCCCAGACAGACAGCCGCUUUCAUGUGGCUUCUGCCGCCAAGACCAACAAGUGACUGUUAAAGACUGACAGCUUUAGAAGCACACUUAAGACACAUGUCCGCUGGUCUAACUCUUGCACACUCAGGUAAUCCUGCUCCUAAUGCUGAAACAGGCUAAACUACACACUAAAGUCCAAGGGUAUUUCAGGUAUUGCAUGUCUCAAAAUCCUAAAAUGUUCCUGUUUUUCUGGUGAUGAAACCAACUUUGGACUCCUCACGGAUGGGGCGAAUAAUUCAAAAGAAACUUGGAUGAUGAUUUUCAAGUUAAAUAAUGCAUGUAAGACAAUCAUUGGUACCAAGGAGUCAUUCUUAGGAUUAUAAGAUUCCUGGUAAUACUACGUAAUCGACACAGUGAGUCAUCUUAUUGUUGAACUAAAAGGCAGUUUUUGACUCUUUGGCUAUGCAUAUACAGGUCAUGAGAUAUAACCAACUGUUAUGACUGUAGUUGAAUAGUCGAUUUUUGAUGAUGUACUGUGUGUUUUAAUGACUGUCACUUGUAGUCAAAGUUGAGUACAUGUAUCUUCUUUCCUUGCAUGGAUUCCAGUGAUUGCAGAAAGGAGAGGUGUCAAUAUCUGAUGACAGUAGUUACUGCACAUUUGGCAAAGUGUAAUCUGUGUUCUGCAUAGCCUACUUUAUAGUGUGCCAUGAUUUUAAAUACUACUGUAAUUCAUUACUUGGAGGUAGAAGAGGAUCAAAUGUGUAUAGACAUGUUAGUGUCUUUACAAGUCCCUUAAUGCCUCAGGGUGAUAUUACGGUUGUAUGAAAUGCUAGUUCUCAGUUCAGCACAGAUUGUAAUGGAUUUGAUGGAUGAAACAACACUCUGGACACUGCUGAAGAGAAGGUAACAUAGUGACUGAUGUCCAUGUUGCACAAAUUGAACCAAUAAACGCCCUGUGGCCUCUUGUUUGGGCAACCA